GUUAUGAAAUAUUAGUUUGGUAUAUGAAAAGUAUGAGUAGCUUACUCCACAAGUCUGAAAGGAUGUCUAUACAACCCUGUCAGAUGAGGAAGGGACUUUUUCCAUUCACUUCAUACAUUUAACAUUCUCAUGGGACUGGGGCAGACUGAGUGAGGGAUGAACCUCAGUCGAAACUUUAUCUGCUGUGAGGUAGUCCAUGUCACUCAAGGCGCAUUCCAUAGACUGAGAGGUGUUUUCACCAAGCUACAUACCCUGCAUAUUCUACCGAACACGUACUGUAGUAGACUUAAACAAGGAUCUGCUUAUGUUUGAGACAAACUGUUAUUGAAACUGGGAAAUACUCUGCUGUGCUUCAACGAAACUUUCAUACAGUUAAACAAAAUAUUAUAGGAACACCGGGAGAAUGGACCACGCGCAACGAAAGUCUGAUGUAUUUGCUUUACAAGGGGUGUGACACAUUGAAGUUCGACAUGGCGUGCUGGCAAUGGUGCCGUCGAACCUGGGUUUGUUGCCUGGACGAUGAAGAAAGGAGGACCAUUGCUAUUGACAAGGAUAUUCAGAGGAUUCUCCGACAGCAGAAGAACAGAGAACGCAAAGAAAUCAAAGUUCUUUUACUCGGCACAGGGGAGAGUGGGAAAACCACCUUCAUCAGACAGAUGAGGAUCAUCCAUGGAAGAGGCUUCUCUGAGGAGGAAAGACAGGACUUCGCCAAGCUCAUCUACCAGAACAUCUUCACGGCUGUAAAAGCUAUGACCCGGGCCAUGAUCACCCUCAGACUGCCCUAUGCCUACCCAGAGAAUGAGAUGUAUGCCAGGUGGGUGCAGGAUGUGGACACAGUGCAGGUCACCCAGCUGGACCGUGGCUUUGUGGACGCUAUCCGUCAUCUCUGGGCCGACCCAGGCCUCCGGGUCUGCUACAGCCGCCGCAGCGAGUAUCAGUUGCUGGACUCCACAGAGUAUUACAUGACCAAUCUGGACCGCAUAUCUGCCCCAGACUACAUCCCCACUGCUCAGGACGUGCUGCGGGUACGAUUCCCCACCACCGGCAUCCAUGACUACUCCUUCAACGUAAAGACCAUCACACUCAGGAUUGUGGAUGUGGGUGGACAGAAGUCAGAGAGGAGAAAGUGGAUCCAUUGUUUUCAGGAUGUGACGUCCCUCAUUUUCCUGGCUUCCCUCAGCGAGUACGACCAGGUCCUGGAGGAGAGAGAGACUGAUCAGAAGCGUAUGGAUGAGAGUUUGGCUUUGUUCUACACCACCAUCCACUCCCCCUGGUUCCUCAACACCUCCAUCAUCCUCUUUCUCAACAAGACAGAUAUCCUGGCUGACAAGAUCCAGGCGUCCGACCUGCAGAAGUACUUCCCAGGGUUCACAGGAAAGCGACGUGACGCUCAGGAUGCUAUGAAGUACAUCCAGAAGAUGUAUGAGCAGCAGGCUCAAAGCCGGGACAAGAAGGAAGAUAGCAAGACGCUGUACCCCCACUUCACCUGCGCCACCGACACCAACAACAUCCGCAAAGUGUUCAGUGACGUCAAGGACACGGUGCUCCUCAAGUCCCUCAUGGAGUUUGGGGUGAUCUGAGGGCCUGGGGACCCGGCUACCUAUGGGGCUACACUCAACCAACAACCACUCAGGGCAGAAGAGGCUCUCCCUCCGUCCCUCCCUUGCUCACUUUUCUCCUCUCUCUCAAUCUCAGCUCCAGUGGGGAUGCUCUCGGGCCAAACUUUCUUAUUGCAGGAAGGAAUCUCUCCCUGGAGAGCAGAACAGAAUGGAGCGACUCCUAUGACUCCUGUAUCACAAACCUGUUUUACACACACACACCUCUAUUGCUGUUUGGGGUUUUAGGCUGGGUUUCUGUACAGCACUUUGAGAUAUCAGCUGAUGUAAGAAGGGCUAUAUAAAUACAUUUGAUUUGAUUUGAUUACUAGCUGGCAGGCAUGCUGCUGCUGUUAAAGCUGAAAUGUAUUACAAUAUCUCAUUAAAUUCCUAGGACCCUGUUAGGACUGCUAUUAGGUGGCUCAGAGAGGCCAGUUAAAACGAACGCCUGGCGUCGCGGGUGGUUCAAGUCUUGUCACUGUCUGAUAGCUCUAAAAAUCAACAUGCAGUUAUGAUGUGAAUGGUUGUAGGCUUUAGGCUACGGUAGGGCUUUGAUUUGAGCAGUGGAGGUUUUGGGGCUUCGCUGCAGAGUGGCAUCAAAGGUUACACAGCAAAACAAGGAUUUAAUCAUUGUGUCAAGACUAUAAACAACAACUCAUUAUUCAUAGUUGGCUUGCCCUUUUACUCUGGUACCCUAUCAAUAUUUAUGUUCAGUCAAUAUUUAGUUUAGCAGGCUCAGGCUGUGCUGAACUUGUUUCAGGUUCAGUAGCAUUUGAUAUUGGAUUCUAUAUUGGUGUAAUUUAAGCGAUAUGGCCUCUAUAAAUAUGAGUGAGUGGAGCAGGAUGGAGUCUGUCAGAUAAUACAGGUGAUAAUAUUCUGACCUGUGUGCGUCACUAAAGCAGAUGAGUGUGUCGUGUCAGUGGAAAGGACUUCAAAGUCAGAUUAAAACCUCUUCCAUUAAAUUGAAGUCAGUAAUUAGAAAUUGCAGGCAUGGAUCAUACAAUAUGCAUCGAAUUUAUUAAGGUUUGAGAAGAUUGCUUUGCUGCUGUGUGAAGAACGUAUUUUUGUUUUGUCAAAACAUUUUUUGGUAAAGGACUUGGAUCUGAAUGUGCAACUAAUGUAUAGCUAUAUUUAUUUGUAGAACUGAACAUAGGCUCUGCUACCUGAUGUGAUGAAUUAUUAAUUGUAUUCAGCUUAUUUUGUUAUAUUAGACCACCUCAUUAACAGCUAGUGUGACAGGAAGUGAUGCACUGUAUGUAUUACAGACUAAUAUUGGGAGAACUCUUAUUUGGUACAAAUAUUUUGUAUAGAUUUGGGAAGAAUUUGGGGAAAUAUUUUCUAAUUGAAGUUAUGUUUUGAAAAAGAUUCUGUUUAUGUUGUGUGUUUAUGUUUUUCUUCAGGCUAUGGUACUUAUUGGAAAUAUACACUUGUGUAAACGUGUGUAGUGCUGCAUAGCUUGUCUUGUUGAUAUACUCUAGCUUCCUGUCACUCAGCACUCCAAGGAAGAGUGGCUUAGCUUGCCUUGCUUUGGCUGCUGUUUUCAUCCUCUGUUCUUCAAAUAGUUAUAUAGGAUCUUUAACCUGCUGUUUAUUAUUUCAAUAAACCCCUGUGUGUGCUUAUAGAGAACCAGAGAACCUGUAAGGACAGGAGUGUGGGUCAACAAACAGACAGUUGACUUUGGCAAAAGAACUCAGGACCUCAGCCAUGAAAGCCAGCUUGUCUGUUAGUAGAUUUCAUGAAGGAGGAAAUGAGCACUUGUUUUUAUAUAUUUUACGGCACACACUGAUUGUUGACUUCUUCAUACCGUAACCGUAUCUUAUGUUCUUCAAUGUCCCAUUGUUAUUAUCUGCUUCUCUCGAUGGUUGCUUACGUACUGCAAUAGUGCAAGUCUGCCACUAAAACAAAAAGUAAUCACGGGUGGAAAGUCUUAUGACUACUUAUGUAACGCGUAUCAGAGUUCUGAUUUGUUAUUGUAACACCACUAUACAAUGUCACAACAAUACCUUGGUAAAUAAGCCUGUGGCACAGAUACAAUAUCUAUGUACACACAUAACCAAAUAAUGUAUCACUAUAUACAGUGUACUCGGAAAGUAUUCAGACCCCUUGACUUUUUCCAAAUGUUGCUACGUUAUAGCCUUAUUCUAAAAUGUAUCAAAUAAACAAUGUCUCUCAUCAAGCUA